CUGACGACUGGUGCUAGAACAGGAGGGAAACGACACGGUCUAUUACAAUUUAGCCCAGUUCCGUGCUUUAUAUAAUUUAGAGGUUUUUGAAUAUGUCAGUGCGCAUGGUCACUCCUUUUUGUUACGACAGGAAUGUUCAUCUGUGUGUGUGUUCUCUGACUUGCCUCCAUGAGUGUGUAUGAUACGUUAAUAGACAACAGGAAUGGAUACUUGCUGAACAGAGGUGAUUAUUAUGGCCGACCCGGACAUGUCUUCGCAGAGUGGAGGUCAUGAUGUGGAGCUGUUCGUAGAGACCCCAGACUAUGACCUGAUCUGCACCAUUUGCCAGGGGGUCCUCAGGUGCCCAGUAAGAGCUGCAUGCCACCACAUCUUCUGCAAGAAAUGCAUUUUACAAUGGCUGAAGAGGUGCAGACAGCAGACCUGCCCCUGCUGCAGAAAGCCUGUCAACCAGAGCUUGAUAUUUGUGAUGUUCAAGCUAAGCAAGGUGAUCGGUCGCCUAAAGAUCAAGAGCCAGAUGCGUGUGCCUCUGAAUAUUGCAUAUACUCCGACAGACUGGCACACAAGAUUAGCACAUGCUAACUUGUGUAAAAACAAGGUCCGUGGCUGCCCGCAUACCUUAGCCCUGUCAGAGCAGUACUGCCACAGCAUGAGCUGCCUGUUCGAGCUCAUUCCCUGCCCCUACCAGGGCUGCCGUGCCCAGCUCCUCCGCAGGGACCUGGAUGCCCACGCCAGGCACUGUGAGCACUGGAGCCAACCCUGCCACAUGGGCUGUGGCACUGUGCUGUCCCACCGCACCCAGGCCAAGCACAACUGCUACAGGCAGCUGAGGCAUGAGUACGAGGCCAGGCAGAGGAACCACCGGGCCAUCGCAGCAGCCCUCCAAAGGAAGAUGAGGAGGAUGCAGAGCACCAUGGCCGACAUGAAGAGGCAGAUCGGCCUGAUCUGUGAGAGCCUGGAGGUCAUGGACGAACUGGAGGAGGUGGAAGAGGAGGACCUGGGUGAAACCAGUGGGAGUUUCAGUAGCAGUAACAGCAGCUCCUGAGUCCUGAUGCAAUGUAUUUAUAAAAAUGACUCCCACACACAAUUAUCUCUGACACUUGAACUGUUUAGGACUAUGCAGAUUUUAAUUUUAUUCCUAGCACUAAGUAUGAAAGACCUGUGGAAAUUGAAUUUUCAGGGAUGGACUGCUUCAAAUAGCACAUUUAGUCAUAAUUGCUUUGAGGGUGUGUUGAUAUUGAAACUUCAUAUUUCAUUUGAAAAUGUAUAAAGUUAGAACAAUUUUGUACGGCGUCCUUUAACAUUUUGAUUUGUAAAGGAUGAUAUAUUUUACAAAUAAAGUCAGCAACCUUUAA